AUGACUCGCCCGCCAGGCGCGAGCUUCGCGCAGUUCUUCCCGACGGCUCCAAAGGUAAAGGCUCAGGCUCAGAGUCGCGCAGAUCGAGAGCGGGAUCGCGACCGCCCCAAGACGACGUCGUCGUCGGCGUCCAUCAACGGCGGCGCCUCCGACCCGACGCCAGCGUCCGCUGGGUUUGAUGCCCACGCGAAUGCUUCAGCCCAGCCCGCCCCUGGCCCCAACGGCCAUCUUGCCGUGUCGGAUUCCCUUCCCGCUCACCCUGACGACAACGGAUCCCCCCUCGCAGACAUCCCCAGCACCGUCGACUCGGCUAGCUCCUACAGCAGCGCCGCCUCGUCCAUCUUCAGCACGUCCGCCCGGCACGGUGCCGCGGCGACUGCCACUUCGUCCCGCCUCCCCACCUCGAGCCUCACUCCCAUCGCAUCCAAAGAUUCGCCAUCCAACUCGUCGGCUACGGCCCCAACAAAGCCAGACAUGUCGGCAUCCCUGGCCGCCGAUCGGGCCGCGAGACAAUCCUCUCAUAAUUCCCCGGCCGUUGGUCCCAAUGGCUCGAUAUCAGACGGACCCCUCGCCAUUGAGCGCCCUCCGGCUCGAGAUCCCAUGCCCUCCGUCAAGGGCCUCAAGUGCACCUAUGAUCCGCUCCUCGAUCGAGUACACAAUAAGAGCGUCAGCAGAAACGCCAAACCGACCUAUAAAGAGUUCGGUCGGGACGAUGACGCCCCCCCAACAGAUCCUCGGCUGUCCAAGCCUGGAGGUCGUCUGGGUUAUAUCAACACCGACUACUACCUCCCUAAGGCGCGCCUCCGGCCAGCGCCUGAGAACAUCAAGCCUUACGCAUACGACCCCAAAACCUCCAUUGGCCCUGGUCCACCGACUCAGAUCGUCGUGACGAGGUAUAAUCCGCUGGUCCCUUUUAGCAAGGUGACAGCCAUCUUUGCCACCUUUGGCGAGAUCGCCGAGAGUAGCAACAAGAUGCACCCAGAGACUGGCAGCUACCUUGGCUUCGCUACCAUUCGUUACCGCGAUUCGAAGCGCCCCGACCGACCCCGUGUUUCCGCCAUCGAUGCUGCUCGCCGAGCUGUGCGAACUCGUGGCAUCAAAGUCGAUGCUGACGUUGUGCGUGUUGACUAUGAUCCUGAAGGGCGUAGGAGUCGACGAAUGCUUGAAGAGCAUCUCAGGAGGGAAAAGGAAAGGAUGGAGAAGAAGGAGAAAGAGAGGCUUGCUCAAGCAGCCCAGGCACCUCCGAUCGGUCCAAAAUCCACACCAGCGUCGAGCUUCACAAGACCUCCCCCCACCGCUCCCAAGGGGCCGGCAGCCCAGAGACCUACUGGUGCGCCCAGCACCCCGCAGCCGACGACAACUCCAGUCCAACCCAAGGGCCAUGCUGCGGUUGAGGUCAAGAAUCUGGCCCCCCAACUUACAGACGAACCAUACAUCUACAUCGCAGGCGAUAGUGUCCCCGUUCUGACAAGCAUCGUACCGCACAUGAAGAAGCGGCUAAAGAAUUACGGAUUCGAAGACAUUCGCCUCGACAAGUCUGGAUACUACAUCGUCUUUCGCAACUCUUUUACUGGCAAGUCUGAAGCUGAAAGAUGUUUUCGUGCUGUUAAUCACACCGAAUUCUUCAACUAUGACAUGACCAUGCAGCUCUGCCUCCCUCGGCCUCGUCGGUCAGAUGAGUCCCCCGGCCGUCGCCGACAGGCCAGCGCGAGCCCUGAUCGGAAGCCUCGCGGUGAGACGGGCCAGCGCGAGGAGAGAGACAGGCGGCGAAGAGAAGAGGAGGCAGACCUUGAAGAAGAGAAAAAGCAGAGGGCUAAGAACUUCGACCCGGUGAUUGAGGCUGUGGAGGUUGUUCGUCGUGAGAUGACUGAGCAUCUCAUUCGACACAUCCGCACCAAGGUCGCCGCGCCUUUUCUCUCCGAAUUCCUGGAUCCUGCCAACCACGUCGCUAAGCGACGAAAGCUGAACAUUGAACACCCCGACGAUAUCGAGGAGAUACCGAGCAUCGAGGACGGCAAUGAUAGCUCACGUGUGGGAACCCCCAACUCACGGGCCGAUCCCAUCGAGCGGCGAACCGGCCGCCUGGAACCCAAGGCCUUGCCGAGAAUUCGAAAGACAAAGAUCAAGGGCCAGGCCCAGCGGAGUGCCUUUGUUGAUCCCUUCGCACGUCAACGACCUCCUGUUGCUCGGAAUGCCUUCCGUUCCCUCCAUCACCGUCUGCGGAGCUUGGAUAGUGACGUUGAGUCCGAUGACGACACCGAUACUCGGGCGCUGCUCGCUCGCGAGACUGAGGAGCCCGAAUCCCGUCCUCGCAGUCGCAUGAGCACCGAUGACGAAGCUUCCAAGGAUGACUUUGCCUCUUGGGGACCUGGGGAAGACGACUCGAUGACGGAGGCCAGCUUCCACAUUACAGAUCCGUUGAUCUCAAGAAAGCGUAAGCUCGAUGCCUCGGUAGAAACCGCCUUCAAGCGUCAAAAGAAGUCUGAUGAGGAACUUUUCGGAGUCAAGCUCGGACAACUUGGCACAGGCUUCGUCACUCGGGAAGAUUCUGUGGACAUUAUCCCGGAGCCGGAAACCGGUGACGACCUUGAGAGCAGAGUAUCACGGUCCGAAACUCCUGCUUCGGUGAUUGGAAAGACGCUCAAGAAGAAGCCCGCCAAGGCGAAGAAGAAGACCAAGAAGGCUGUGUUUGAGGAACGUGAAGCCUUGAAGCGCCAAGCCGAGACGGAUUCGCAACGUGAUGAGGAAGAAGUCGUGGAAGCACCCAAGGCGGAGCCCAAGGUUGAAGAGAAGCCGCCUGCAGAGCCGGUUCCAGAGCCAGUUGUGGAGAAGUAUGAUGAGAAGCUUCUGUCAACGGAACCCCUGACACCAGCCCUGGUAUUACCUGACGGCUUCAAGCCAGAUUUGUCCCUCUUCCAAGGACUGGCCCUUGGUGUGAACGACAAGCCCGAUAUUGCAAAGCUCUCCAAGAGAUUUGCGGUCAAGGACAUUGGCGACCCCGAGCUGUGGCUGUGGAAGCGUAAUCGCAUUAGGGAGCUUAACUCAACCCAGGGCACACUCGAGAAACCAGUGUCGAUCGAGGGCUACUAUGUCCCCAACCCCACUGGAUGCGCACGUACCGAGGGCGUCAAGAAGAUUCUCAACUCUGAAAAGUCCAAGUACUUGCCUCACCACAUCAAGGUACAGAAGGCCCGACAAGAGCGCGAGGCGCGCUUCAAGAAGUCAGGCAAGGAUGCUGCGGCUGCAGCGGCAGAGGCGGCCAAGCUCGCGGCUGAGAAGCUCAUCGCCAAGGGCAACUCGCGAGCGAACCGUGCUACUAACCGGCGCUACGUCGCAGACCUGAACGAUCAGAAGAAGACUCUGGGUCAAGACUCGGACGUGUUCAAGUUCAACCAGCUUAAGAAGCGCAAGAAGCCCGUCAAGUUUGCCCGCUCGGCCAUCCACAACUGGGGGCUCUACGCCAUGGAGAACAUUGCCAAGGACGACAUGAUCAUCGAGUACGUCGGCGAGGAGGUGCGACAGCAGAUUGCCGAGAUUCGCGAGAAUCGCUAUCUUAAGAGUGGCAUCGGCAGCAGCUACCUGUUCCGCAUCGACGAGAACACCGUCAUCGACGCGACCAAGAAGGGCGGCAUCGCCCGUUUCAUCAACCACAGCUGCAUGCCCAACUGCACCGCCAAGAUCAUCAAGGUCGAGGGAAGCAAGCGCAUCGUUAUCUACGCGUUGCGCGACAUCGCUAUGAACGAAGAGUUGACCUACGACUACAAGUUCGAGCGUGAAAUCGGCAGCCUGGACCGUAUUCCCUGUCUCUGCGGCACGGCGGCAUGCAAGGGCUUCCUCAACUGA